UCCCUCUGGCUCCCGCCUUCACCCGCUUCCGGUCGUCGUCGCCGCUGCUGCCGCUGCUCCUGCUGCUGAGGCUGCUGGCGGAGGCCGGAGAACCAGGCGGCGGCGGCGGCGGCGGCUGAGAGGGCGGCGGCGGGAGCGGAGCGGGACGAGGGAACGAGAGGAAGCCUGAGAGGAGCGAGCGGAGCGCGCCGAGCCCCGCCUGCCCUUCCGCGCGCCAGGGCUGCCGGAGGAGCCCGAGCCCCCAGCCGCCGCCGCCGCCGCCGCCGCUGCCGCCGCCGCCGCCCGCCUGCUCUCCCGCCGCACAAAGCCGAGAUCCCGCGCCCAGAGCCAUGUCCUCGUCCGCCGGCAGCGGCCACCAGCCCAGCCAGAGCCGUGCCAUCCCCACCCGCACCGUGCCCAUCAGCGACGCCGCGCAGCUACCUCAUGACUAUUGCACCACGCCCGGGGGGACGCUCUUCUCCACCACACCGGGAGGAACCCGAAUCAUUUAUGAUCGAAAGUUUCUGUUGGAUCGUCGAAAUUCUCCCAUGGCUCAGACCCCACCCUGCCAUCUGCCCAAUAUCCCAGGAGUCACCAGCCCUGGCACCUUAAUCGAAGACUCCAAAGUAGAAGUAAACAAUUUGAACAACCUGAACAAUCAUGACAGAAAGCACGCAGUUGGGGAUGAUGCUCAGUUUGAGAUGGACAUCUAACUGUCCUGCAAGGAUCAGAAGAACGGCAGCAACGCCGAUACCUGUGUGUAUACCUGAUUUGGCCAAUAGGAUCAACAAUGAAAACCCCGAAGCAGUACCAGCAGUCCCCAUUGCAGCGCCCCUCCUCUUCCUCUGGGUGCCAAAUGAUGCGAAGAUGAGCUUCAUCUGACUAUUUCCUCUUCCUGUUUCCUGUCCCCCUUCCCACUUAGACAGAUUAGAUUGAAGGCCCAUGGCGUAUUUCUGUAGAACUAAGCAGCCCACAAAGGAAAACAGUUGAAUUCUUGCUUCCUUAGUCAUUUUUGUAUUGAGAUACACCCCCCUCUCCCUCCAAUUAAAAAAAAAAAAAUCCCAAAUCAGAUAUCAACCUACCAACAAUUGCCGGCUUCCAGGGAAGUCUGGGGAAGUGUUACAGAGGUUUGCUGGGUUCAGCAUUGUUCAUGUUCUUAUCCUGUGUCUCCUCCCUGUCUUCCACCCAUGGUUCAGUGCUACAAGAGUCUGGUUUGGGGUCUUCAAAACCAGAGGGAAAUAAACAAGAAAAGAGCUGCUCGCUCUUGUCCCUGAAGGUGUUUGUCCCUGGGGCCAGCACAGGUUGUACAGCUCUGGUAGCACUACCUGUGACACUGUUCUGAGGUCUGCUUCCCCUCCAUCCUCUGCGAGGAAUGCCUUCUGUCUUUGGUAUAAUAGUUUAUCUUUCCAUUCCUUUACUUAGCACAUGUGUGCAAACAUUUUUAAACUCUCUACAUGAGAGGGGGCGUCAGUAACCAGCUGUUCUUUCCUCCCCUUCUAUUCCUCCCUGCUUGCAUCAUGUUGCUGCAGUCCUGUUGUACUCUGAGCAUCCAAAUGACUUCAGAGAUAGAGCACUUUGAAUAAGGCCUGAUCAUAGUACUUAAGCAUGAUUUUGGAAGAGCCUAGGCCCAUUGGAGUAACUAGUCUCAGUUGUCAUUGUUUUUUUUUAAUCCAAUGAGCAUUGUAAUAUUAUCGCAGACUGCAGUUUUUUAUAUUUUUAGUUUAAAGAUGACUUCCGGAAUGCCCUUAGAAAAACUGAAUGUUUUUCCUUUGUGGACCUGCUUUAUUUGGCUGCUGAGAUAGAUAAGCAUGGGCUUCAAAAUGUGUUCCUCCCCGUUUUCUUGCUUUCCCCUUGUACUCUGAAUCCCCCCGCCCCUCCCCCCCCUUCUCUCCCCCCUCUCUCUUUCUCUCUCCUUCCUUUUUCUCUGCCAGGCCAUGUUUCAAAUAUACAUCAAAGAUACCUCAAGUGUUGGUAUCUGAUAAUAUCUGUCACUCAUCUGAGGAGUGACCUUUUAUUUUUUAAGAUGACUACAGACCUAUUUUUAGAUAUGUUUUCAGUAAAUUCUGAACAGCAACUUUUUAAUCACAUCUUCCAGUGUUAGGAAGGUGAGAAAUGUCUGUAGGCGAGUCCGCUGUUCCAUGUCACCAUCCUUUGUCUCCUGCAGUCCCUUAUGAGCUCUUUCCUUCUCCUCCUAGUUUUGGGUGUGCAUGCUUGGCGUUUGUAGUGGGUGGGUGGUAAAGCUGGACCAUUCUGCCUUGUGGGUUGUUCAUAAAAGCCUCCCUUCUUUUCCCUUACCCUUUGCUCUGUCAUUCCCCCCAAUUCCUAGCCACCCCCCUGACUAUUGACUGGCACAGUAAUCCCAGGAGAGUGACUCAGUCCCUCUUAGAAAGACUAAUGCCUCUGUCCCCUCAUAGAAAGACCAGUCGCCUCUGAUGUCCUGGGAAUUUCUGGUUGGAUUUGGUGCCCUGAAUCAUCCAUUGAGAUCACAACCCAGGGUGAGAGGAACAGGCCAGUUGGCUAAGAAAGAAAGCUGUUGGUUUUUCUUUUGAACUAUGAAAAGACCCUGUGUGCAAAUACAUCUUAGACAAAAGAGGGAGGAUGUCUGAGGAACUCUGUUCUGUUUUCUGCUAUAAAAUGUGAAUAGUUCAAAAAGUGAAACCUUUUGUGAUGGUUGAUGACUCUCAGGAAUACGCUGGACCUCCAAAAUUUUGGAGAUGCUUUCAGUCUCAGAAACUGGUGAUCAGAAAAGUAUUGUUUGUUUGUUUACUGUAUCCCUGUUCUGAUUUUAAUUAAACUCCAGAUUUCGCUUUACAUUCUCUUGGAAAAUCUCAAGUUACGCUGUAAUUUGCUUAAGAAGCUUGCUUAGGACCUCUUUGUCCCUGGAGCAUGAUUCUUUAGGAGUGAAGCUGUCAUUCUUCAUAGCCUGGCCUUGGCGUCUUAUGGAAUCCGACUCCAACUACAGCUGGCCGGCCUGUCAGUGAGCAGAGGAGUAUCCCCUUCCUGAUCUUUAUUGUUGCACGGAAACCUCAGCUGUCUCUCUGAGCAGUGGGGAUGGAAUUAAAACAUGCCAGCUUGAGUAGUAUCAAGAUACGAUUUUCCCCUUUAUCUGACAACUUGGGGGAGCUCUGCACGUGGCCCCCUAAUCAGAAGCCGUGCUUCUAGUAUUCCUGGGAGUGUCCGCUGUCCAGUACAACCGCGGCCCAGUCCCUUAGCCUCCUCUGCAAGGACUUCCUUACUGCUUGGCGAACUUCUUUCCUGCAGUCCACCGCCACUAGAAGUACUCUGACUUCACUCAUUGAUAUUUUAAAGAUGAUUUCACAAGGCAACAGAUCAAAUUCCAACAGAUGACGCCUUUGUGCCAAGCCUCAGAAUCGUUUUCAGGGCAAGCCAGAAUCCAAUAGGUGGUUUACUUCUGGAUGUUUGAAAGGAAACUCAGAAGAGAUAAAUCCCUGAAUGAACCAUCUAUCCUGACUUUUCCUUGGGGAGGGAACACCCUUAGGGUACCAUUUGAGUGAAACGGUUAAAAUCUUAGUGAUCGUUUGUAUUUUUCUUUUAAGAGAAAACCGUCUUCUGUACUUCUGAAGACAGUCUAUCUUAAUGACAGAUGACCUCUUCCUCCAGAUUCCUGCAGGAGACAUGCAUCCUCGUGGUUCUCCGUUCUUUUACAGUGUGGUUUCCUUAGCUCGCCACUUCCUCAUUCUGUUUAAAUACUUACCGCAUUCUCAGGAGCACAGAGUAGAGAAACUCGCUUCUGGGUAUUAGGCUUCCAAGCCAAGCGUUCUGUCCUUCCAUUUCUCUCAUCUAUUGCUGUGUAACUCCCCAAACUCAAAAUCUUAAAAAGGCAAACAUCUGUCCGUUUCUAUAGGUGAGGAAUUUGGAAACAGCUUAGCAUCAUGGUUCUGGCACAGGGUCUUAGAAAGUUGCAGUUCAAGAUGUUGGCAGGGUCUGCAGUCAUCUGGGGCUGGAGAAUCUACUUCUGAGCUCUCUCUCUGGUUGUUGGCAGGAUGCCUCAGUUUCUCCACAUGUGAGUCUCUGUGUAGAAUAUUGUGAGUGUCCACACACCAUGGCAGCUGGCUUCCCCGAGUGAGUGAUCUGGGGGAAGAGGGGACAGGGAGGAAUUUGCAGUGCCUUUUAUGACAGUCUGAAAGCACACACCUUCACUUCUUAUUCUGUUCCUUAGAAACAAGCCACUAAGCCCAGCCUGCACUCAAGGGGAGAAUUAGACCCCUACCUACUGUACAGAGCAGUAUCAAAGAAUUUGUGGGUAUAUCUUUAAACCACCUCACCCCUAACAGGAUGAAACCAGGCCAAGGGGAAUGGGGUUAGGUUUAAACUAGAUGAUAUAUUGAGAGAUACGUUGCUACUGAAAACCGUUUUUCUAAGAUGUGCUAUCACCAAACCGGGAUAGAAGACAGACUAUUUCCUGAAAGCUACCUGCUAGUUUGGAGAGGGGUGGCAGGAAAUGGCAGCUCCCAGGAGAGCAUAAUCCGUAUACACUUGCCUGGCUAACAGCAGCCCAAAGAUGCUACUUUGCAAGUCCUAUGCUUGGUGUCCCUAAAAUUCAAUACCACUCACUUGCUGUCCCCCCCUAGCCAGGAAUUGACAAAGGGAAUUAAUUGGGCCUGUGUAGCUGAUCCACUAAAGCUGACAAUCGGAGUUAGGGUUUCUAGCAAAGAGAGCAAAUGUGAAGUAAUUGUUGGAUUACUGAGCUGAAGAAAAGUAAUAUAAGAACUCAUCUUGUAUGGAUUUGCACUCUGCCUCCUACCAGCAUUUUCUUAUCUGUAGCCCGGCUUGCUUUAGAGUUCACAUUCAGGGUGAAAUAGAUGAUGGCAUCUGAACCAGGCCCACCAGAGUCUUUAGCUGCACCAGCUGAAACACCUGGGUCAGGUGUCACCCAAGGAGCUACUUGUCAAAGUAGGGAACAUCUGGGAAUUAGAAAUGUCGGUGCUUGAUUGUCCUUUAGUUCAGUAUUACAGGUUAACUCAUGUGCCCACUUAGUCCUGGGCCUCUUGAUGGAAAUGGUUUUUUAAAGAGAAUCAGUCUUGUCUUCACUCUUGUGAGAAACUUGGGUGAGGUUUGUCAGUUCAACGCAUUCUUAGUGAAUGUCUGCUGUGUGUUUGUGGCACCCAUGCCUGACCAAGUUUUAGAGGUUUCAGGCAUCUCGAAGAUGCAUAUUCUCAUAUGGAUAUACACUCUGCCUCUUACCAACAUUUUCUUACCUGUAGCCCUGCUUGCUUUAGUGUAGACUUGAAGAAAAGCAUUGCUACUGAGGCAGCUCUAAGAAACAGCUAUUUCUUCCCAAAGUAAGGAACUCAUCUUUAAAGCACCUUCAAAUUUAUUAUGCUAUUCCUUCUGAUUUUAAGGUGGAGUCAGCCUAGAUGGUGUUUUAUUUAUCAGCUCUUUGGGACUCUCAGAACUUACCUUCCCAGUUCAAACAUUUCCGUUAGAAUGCAGCCCGCUAGGUUCGUGUGGGUUUCAUCCCCAGAGUCCAUCAUUCGCCAGUAGGCAUUGAGCAUAUGCUUUGAAUCACGGCCACUGGUGCAAGGGGCUCAUCAUCUUGGCAGUAAUAUCCCAGAAACAACCUUUUUCUAUUUGCCCGUCUUGGCUCCUCAAUGGGAUAUCAAGCAUCUCAGCUGCUGAGCCAGGGCCCUCGGCCCUUUGUAUAUCUCUUUAAAGAGGAGGCCCAAUGCCUUUAUUUGGGUCAGAACUUUCCCUUCUUGGCAUGUUUCUGGGCUACAUGCAUACCGGCAGCUACUGAUAAAUCUGCGAAACUCAAUCACUCACCUGUGACCUCUGGGCGGGGAGUAGUGUUUGUUUUAAAAGGGCAUCGUUUCUCUGGGAGGGCAGUUUCUGUCUGGACUAGAAGGGGGUGCAGUUAUCACACAUACUCCCCCCGCCCCAAAGUUCUUUACCUUUCAGCUUUUGAUAAAAGAUGAAAACAGAUUUGGAGGCAAUUCUAUAGAAUGCUUAUACCCCAGGGGCAUUUCCUGUUCUAGUAAUCAUUUUCCAGUUGAGUAUUGGAGUUUCCUUGCGGCAAGCUCAUAGAAACUUUUUUACUGAAGACUAAGGAUGAUUGGUACAUCCCUAUUUUUUCAAACAAUCAUUCACGUCACCUUUCUUAGCUUCUGGAACGUACAUUUCUUAGUGCUGGUUCUGGAAGUUUAUUCCUUUUGGGAAAGCUUAGAUUUAGGAGGUCUUUCAAGGUCUUGUUCACAUGGUCUGUGGUUUCUCUUUGCCUAACCUCUGCCUGCAGACCAUACUGUAGAUGCUGAUGGAAACUAUUAUGAAGAUAAAAAGACAUUUUUGGGAGUAUUUAAACUCUUAACUGCCACCUUUCUACGAGUGGGAGGCCGGCUGAGAGAUGCUGCAAUGCUUGAUAAUCAUAUAGCCAUGCUGAAAUUUGCAAAGGGAACUCUUGUCGGUGCUUAAAACCAGAAUUCCUGGACACUUCAAACUUGGAGAAUUCCAUGAAUCUAGCACAGAAUAGCCAUACUUGCUCAUUGCCAUCCCUUUCUCUCCAUCUUAAUCUUUAAAAAGAAAAAAAGAAAAAGGCAAAGCCCCAGCCAAGGGUAAUUUUUACUUGAAACCAGGAGAGGGGGAGGAACACUGUAGAGGUAAGGGGCGAGUUGUCCGCGUGAGCCACCCUGCUCCUGCUGCGUGUCCAAAUCACUGAGUACUGUGAGCCAGUGCCUUUCCUUCACCUGCAGAGGGAGCCCAUCUCCCUCCACCUGGGUGAGGAGACCCUGUGCUACCCAGGGUAAACCUUAGAGAAGGUGGCUUAGAGAGCCCGGUGGACACUCCGUAUUCGGUGUCCAUUUUAAGCAUCCUUAAAAUAUUUUAGACAUUAAAAAAUGCCCUUCCCUGUCUUAGCGACACGAGUGGCCCAAUUCCAUCCAUUCUGAAUGGAAAAGCAGAGACUGCCAGUUCUUCCUUUGAUCUUCCCUUCAUCCCCCUUGAUGUGGCUGACCCUGACCCCUCAUCCAUUUCACUGUCAUGGAUGGAUAGCGGAGGGCACCGUGUAGUCCUGAGGCAGUCCUGUGUGAUUCUGUGAUCAGUUGUUUUGGGUUUGGGUUUUUUGGGGUUUUGUUUUUUUGUCUGUCCUUUCAAACCAGCAGGUGUUUGGAAAUUAGUGAAAAAAAUAAAUUCUCACCAAUGGUUGCUGUUACAGUUAAAUCAAUAAAGAUCUUGGAUAUCAA